CAAAGAGAUUAGUAGUAAGUAGACUCGGAUGAUUUGGAAUAGGAAGAGAAGCAGCCGCUCAGGUCUGUUGUAUUGUCCAUCGUGUUUGGCGCCUGUUGGAAAGGAUAAUAAAACCAAGUAUAAAUGGAUAAACAGAGAUAGUUAUUACUUGAGAUGGUAUAAGUACAAGUGUCCAGGGUUUAGUCGACUUUCCACUCGCUAUCAACUCUGCAACUUAAACGCUCUACGCUCACCUGUCCAGUUGACUUUGGCAAAUACUGAAACCAUCGAAAGUUUCGAUUCCUUAAUUCCUGAACAUAUUGGAGACAAACAGGAAGAUAUGCGCCGUAGUUUACACCCAGAACGAACAACGCUACAAGUACUGGACAGAGGAAUAGCUUAUGCCAUGGGCUUGUAUGACUAUAGACUUUCUGGAAUGCAACUUUUCAAGCAAGAUGUGCGUUACUUGUUGUCUCUAUGGAGAUAUUUUGGUCGAAAAGCUUUUCUUACUUACGAUAAAGAAGAGAUAAUCUCCUAUUAUGAUAGAAGACCUUGGUUAGCGGCAGCUCGUUUAGCAAGCGUUGGUAUACCUCUUCUUCAGUGGUAUAUAAAACUAUUAUGGGAUCGAAUACUACCGGGUCGAAGCACGACCCAUUUGUCUUGGAGAGCUCGAGAGUUGGUACAGUUGGUGAUGAACAUGGGUCCUACUUUUAUCAAGGUUGCACAAGCACUUAGCAAUAGACCGGAUGUUGUAGGGCCUGUGUGGAUAAAGGAACUUGAAAAAUUGGUGGAUAAGGUGGAUCCUUUUCCUUCCGAUUGGGCAAGACGACUCAUAACAGUCGAAGUAAAGGGCACCCUAUGGGAGAAGCGAUUAUCACAAAUAUCUGUUGAACCAGUUGCUUCAGCUUCACUUGGACAAGUAAGAAUGUUGGCAUGUUUUAUAUCCCGAUGGUUGAACGAUAUUCAGGUUUAUCAAGGUUUAUAUCAAAGAGAAGAUGGUCAAUAUGAAAAGAUUGCAUUAAAAGUACAGAGACCAGGUCUCAUAUUUGAUAUUCCGUUAGAUUUAUAUGUAUUGCGUUUCAUUGCUGGAAUAGUCCAACGCCAAUUUCGUUUACGUUCGGAUUUGGUUGGAAUUUUAGAUGAAUAUGCGCAACAAAUUUUCGAAGAAAUGGAUUAUCAACAUGAAGGAGAAAAUUGUUUGCAGUUUCGUAUGCUCUAUAAAAAUUAUCCUGGUAUACGUAUUCCUGAUGUAUAUUUUACAACACACUAUUUAAUAGCUUUGGAAUGGAUCGACGGCGAGAAACCGCCAUGGGGUAGUUAUUCCAAAACUUUGAUGAAAACAGGUGUAGAGUUUUCACUACAUCAGUUGUUGGAUGUUGGAUUUUAUCAUGCUGAUCCUCAUGCUGGCAACUUGUUGAGAACUCCGGAUAAUUGUUUGGCUUAUGUCGACUAUGGCAUGGUGCGAUAUUUAGACAAGAAUACUCGUUGGCAUCUGAUCAAAGCAAUUAUAGACUUUGUGAACAAGGACUUUGAUGGUUUGAUUGAAGAGUUUGUCAUUUUAGGAUUCUUACCUUUUCAAGUCAAUGAGAAAGGAAUCAUCGAAGCUAUGGAAUUGGCGUUUAAGGAUGCAUCCCCUGAUGGUCGAUUAUCUAAACUCAAUUUUUCUCGUCUUGCACAAAAUUUGGGAGUUGUAGCAAGAUCGUAUCCGAUUCGAAUUCCGCCCAAGUUUGCGCUCGUCAUUCGUUGUUUGACAAUGUUGGAAGGAUUAGCAUUACAAAAUGAUCCCAGUUUUCAUAUUGUGGAACAGGCAUAUCCAUUUAUUCUUCAAAGACUUUUAUCGGAUUCGUAUAGUCUUCCACCGCAAGCUCUACGGGAUAUAUUGUUGGAUAGUCGAACAGGUAAAAUACGAUGGAAAAGAUUAUGGCAAAUUGUAGAGUUUUCAAAUAAGGGCGAUCAUCAUUUAGAAACGAAAGCGGAGGAAGGGAGUCCAGUUACUGUUGAUCAAUAUCUUCCAGUUCUUAUUGAUGGCAAACAAGUUAUCAUAUCUCGUCUAUUUUUUGAAAAAAUUGUGGACUUUUUGCUAUCUGAACGAGCUGCAUUUUUAAGAGAUGGUUUGGCAGAAGAAAUGGCAGAUAUAUUGGAUGAUUUGCAACUGGUCAUUGGAAAUAGUGCCUCUGUAAUAAAUUAUGGCAUUGGAUUCAAACGAAGAGAAACAGGAAAGCUGAUCAUGAAAAGAUGCCAAAAGCCAUGACAGUGGAAGAGUGGUUAGUUGUAUAUUUAUUUCAACAUAUGGUCAGUUCGUCAUCCUUUCGUUCGUGGUUUUAUUUAUGG